AUUUAAAUAUACAACACAUAUUAUUAUACACUGCAGAUGAUGACUGGUUCUUCUUCUUUUGCUGCUUUGCUAGCUUGAUGACUCGUUCUUUGAGAAACCCAUCUUAAAGUUUAUACCUUUUCUUUUAAACAAAGCUAUCCAUCCAUCUCUCAAUCUUCUCACUCGGUAUUCGCUUUCAUACAUAACUUUCUUCCCCUACAAAUACAAUUCAAUCUCUUUUUAAAAAAUAUUUGGGUAUCUUUUGCACUCUCCCUUUACCAAUAUUUGUCCGUCUUUUGCUCUCUCUCUCUCCCGCUCUCUCAAUAUUUUUUUUUGUUUUUUGUUUUAUUUUUUUCCGUUGGGGUGCUUAGUUGGUGAGCUAGACCCCAGCUGCCUUGUAUUGACUUGCCUUAGAUCAUGGAGUGCUCGUUGUUCCUUUGGAUGCUCUUAAGCCUUUUUGCAGGAUCCCAGGUCUGUCCUUAGAAGGACCAAAACUAACCGCAUAGGGUGGCAAAUUAUUCCUGCAAUGAUAUCUGUAGGGCUUGAACAACAUAUGUGAGAGUGAGGCCAUCAGCUUUCUGCAGGCAAUGAAGUGCUUUUAUUUCUACAACAAAGAGAAGAAUGAUGAAGCAAAGACUACGAAGUCUACUUCUACUCGUUCCACUUCCGCUUUCUUUUCACUUGAUCGUGACCCGAGAAAAUCUGGUUCCGAGUCUAAUUCUCAGAAUGCCACAGAAUUUAGCACAGCAUCCUCUGCCAAGUCAUUUGCAGCAUUGUCGCAGCGACAGAGUAAUCUCCGAGAAUUCACAUGCUCAGAGUUAAAAGCAGCAACAAAGAAUUUUAGUCUCUCCCUCAUGCUUGGAGAGGGUGGGUUUGGUGGUGUGUAUAGGGGUGUCAUCCGGACCACAGAAGAUCCACAUAAAAAGAUAGAUGUUGCUGUUAAGCAACUGAGUAAAAGGGGAUUUCAGGGCCACAAAGAGUGGGUGACUGAAGUGAAUGUUUUAGGGGUUGUUGAACAUGCAAAUCUUGUCAAACUGUUAGGCUACUGUGCUGAGGAUGAUGAAAGAGGGAUCCAGCGGCUCCUUGUAUAUGAAUAUAUGCCCAACAGGAGUGUGCAGGAUCACUUAUCAAGCCGAUUUCAGAUAGCUCUUCCAUGGGGUACAAGAAUGAAAAUCGCCCAGGAUGCUGCUCGUGGCUUAGCAUACCUCCAUGAAGGGAUGGAAUUUCAGAUUAUCUUUAGGGAUUUCAAGUCUUCAAACAUACUUUUGGAUGAACAAUGGAAUGCCAAGUUAUCUGACUUCGGAUUGGCUAGACUUGGGCCUUCAGAUGGAUUUAGCCACGUCUCUACUGCGGUUGUUGGAACAGUAGGGUAUGCAGCUCCUGAAUACAUUCAAACCGGACAUCUCACAUCUAAAAGUGAUGUAUGGAGCUAUGGAGUUUUCCUUUAUGAACUCAUCACAGGCAGACGACCUGUGGACAGAAACCGACCCAAGAAUGAGCAAAAACUCUUGGAAUGGGUGAGGCCACACCUCUCUUCAGAUGAUCCAAGGCUUGAAGGGAAGUAUUCCCUCAAGGCUGCCCAAAAACUAGCAGCUGUGGCCAGCCGGUGCUUGGUGCGACAGCCUAGAUCACGCCCGAAAAUGAGCGAAGUCGUGGAAAUGUUGAACCGAAUUAUGGAGACAACGGAUAUGGGAAGCCCCGAACUCCCUCUGAAGGGUGUGGACUCCAAAGAUGAAUUUUACAGAGAGUCCAAAAGAGAGGUUUUAAGAAGGAUGUUUGUGGAUCCAUUGAUUGGAGAGAAUGGUUGCUUAAAUUGGCAAACAUGGAGACCAAAGCUUGUGAAUACAUGUUGAAAGAUGUUGGGGAGCACAAUGGGAAUUGGCAUAAUUGGUUUGAUCAUGCAAUGGCUCAUCUAACAAUGAUGCUUCAUUUUUUUUCUUUUUCUUUUUUAUAGGAUCAUGUAAUGACAAUCUGCUGUGUGUACUGUGGAAAUAGAAGUGUAAAAUCCUCAUUGACUGAUGCCUAUAGAUAACAUUUUAUAUCAAAA